UCUGCUGUGUCCAUCAUGCACCAGGUGAGCCGCACCGUUGACAGCAUCACCCUCUCCUGGUCCCAGCCUGACCAGCCCAAUGGAGUCAUCCUGGACUACGAGCUGCAGUAUUACGAGAAGGAUCUGAGCGAGUUGAACUCGACCACAGUGAAAAGCCCCACCAACACUGUAGCAGUGCAGAACCUCAAAGCUGGCACCAUCUACGUGUUCCAGGUGCGGGCACGGACUGUGGCCGGGUACGGCCGCUACAGUGGGAAGAUGUACUUCCAGACCAUGACUGAAGCUGAAUACCAGACCAGUGUCCAGGAGAAGCUGCCGCUCAUCAUCGGCUCCUCGGCGGCGGGGCUGGUGUUCCUCAUCGCCGUGGUCGUCAUCGGCAUCGUGUGCAACAGAAGAAGGGGCUUUGAGCGCGCGGACUCCGAGUACACCGACAAGCUGCAGCACUAUACCAGUGGCCACAUGACUCCAGGGAUGAAGAUCUACAUCGAUCCGUUCACCUACGAAGACCCCAACGAGGCUGUCAGGGAGUUUGCAAAAGAAAUCGAUAUCUCCUGUGUCAAAAUCGAGCAGGUGAUCGGGGCAGGGGAGUUUGGCGAGGUGUGCAGUGGGCAUCUCAAGCUUCCUGGCAAGAGGGAGAUCUUUGUGGCCAUCAAGACCCUCAAGUCUGGUUACACGGAGAAGCAGAGGCGGGACUUCCUGAGCGAGGCCAGCAUCAUGGGCCAGUUUGACCACCCCAACGUCAUCCACCUGGAGGGCGUGGUGACCAAGAGCUCCCCAGUCAUGAUCAUCACCGAGUUCAUGGAGAACGGCUCCCUGGACUCCUUCCUGCGGCAAAACGACGGGCAGUUCACGGUGAUCCAGCUGGUGGGGAUGCUGAGGGGCAUUGCUGCGGGCAUGAAGUACCUGGCAGACAUGAACUACGUGCACCGGGACCUGGCUGCCCGAAACAUCCUGGUCAACAGCAACCUGGUCUGCAAAGUGUCCGACUUUGGCCUCUCCCGCUUCCUGGAGGACGACACCUCUGAUCCCACCUACACCAGCGCCCUGGGUGGGAAGAUCCCCAUACGAUGGACAGCUCCUGAGGCAAUUCAGUACCGCAAAUUCACCUCAGCCAGCGACGUGUGGAGCUACGGAAUUGUCAUGUGGGAGGUGAUGUCCUACGGAGAGCGGCCCUACUGGGACAUGACCAACCAAGAUGUGAUAAAUGCCAUUGAGCAGGACUAUCGGCUGCCACCGCCCAUGGAUUGCCCAAAUGCCCUUCACCAGCUAAUGCUGGACUGUUGGCAGAAGGAUCGAAACCACAGGCCCAAAUUUGGGCAAAUUGUCAACACCUUGGACAAAAUGAUCCGAAAUCCAAACAGCCUGAAAGCCAUGGCACCUCUCUCCUCUGGGAUGAACCUCCCCCUCCUGGACCGCACAAUCCCGGAUUAUUCCAGCUUCAACACUGUGGAUGAAUGGCUGGAUGCCAUCAAGAUGAGCCAGUACAAGGAGAGCUUUGCCAGUGCUGGCUUCACCACCUUUGAUGUAGUAUCUCAGAUGACUGUAGAGGACAUUCUGCGAGUUGGGGUCACUUUAGCAGGACACCAGAAGAAAAUUCUGAACAGUAUCCAGGUGAUGAGGGCACAGAUGAACCAAAUUCAGUCUGUGGAGGUUUGAUGGCUGCGUGUCCUCCUCCUCCUCCUCCUCUUCCUCAAGGCCCUGCUCCCCUUCACCCCUGUAAUGUCCAAGCUCCAGUUCUUGAGUGUUCUGCAUGGACCAGAGACAGGCAGCUGCUCUGAGGAUUAGGGCAGCAGGAAGGAACACCCUGUCCUCAAAAAAAGGUCGCCAAGAGCUUCAAGAAUUUAAGUAAUGGAAAAAGGGAACAAAAGGAAAAAAAAAAAAGACAAUUAUUUUGAAAAACAAAAACAAAACAACAAACUAUGAAAUAUUUUUAAAUAAUAAUAAAGCAAUUGCAUUCUUGAAAAGGGCUCCAAGACCAAUGGGAGUCUCCAAAGGAAGAGAAAAGAGCAGCUUCAUGUUUCCCCUUGCACAAGGCUGCUGCAGCUGGGCCCAGGCACCUCUGGAGAGAUGAGACUUUUUCAGGAAGAGGAAUGCAAAGGAAGGCCACAGAAGCACAUCCUUUCCUCUCCCAUGGGCUGUGGCUCUGGGAAUGGCGUGCAGCCCUCCCCCAAAAGCCCCUGUGAGCAAAUCAGAGGGGGAAGAGCUGAAGCUCUUUGGUGCUGUGGAGUGCAUCUCAGAAACUGGUGGACUUCUUCAAAAGCUGAAGACUUUUUUUUUUUUUUUCUAAAAAAAAAAAAAAAAAAACCACCAC